AAACAACAAAAGAAGGCCAUCAUCAGCAAGAAGGAUUGUGGACAUGGAAGUGGAUGAAGGAAGGAGCUAUGAGUACGCGCAAGACGGAGCUGUGGAUCUUAAAGGCAGACCUGUUCUUAAAUCCAAAAGAGGUGGAUGGAAGGCUUGCUCCUUCGUAGUUGUGUAUGAGGUAUUUGAAAGAAUGGCGUAUUACGGUAUAUCAACGAAUCUGAUCAUAUAUUUGACUAAGAAGCUAAGGCAAGGCACCGUAAAUUCCGCCAACAACGUCACCAAUUGGGUCGGAACCACCUGGAUCACUCCCAUCGUUGGCGCCUACAUCGCCGACGCCUACCUCGGCCGCUACUUCACUUUUCUUCUCGCCUCCUUCAUCUACCUCUCUGGUAUGUGUUUGCUGACACUAUCGGUUUCACUUCGAAGCCUAAAGCCGCCGCCCUGCACCGAUACGGACGUGACAAUGUGCAGCAAAGCCUCACCGCUGCAACUGGCCGUCUUCUACGGUGCACUCUACACUCUUGCCAUCGGAACCGGAGGGACCAAACCCAACAUCUCCACCAUUGGAGCAGAUCAGUUUGACGACUUCGACCCAAAGGAGAAGGUUCAGAAGCUGUCCUUCUUCAACUGGUGGUUUUUCAGCAUCUUCUUCGGCACGCUCUUUGCCAACACCAUGCUCAUCUACAUCCAAGACUCUGUGGGGUGGACUCUGGGCUAUGCUCUUCCAACUCUAGGGCUUGCGGUCUCCAUCUUGAUCUUCUUGUCAGGCACCCCCUUCUACAGGCACAAGUUGCCUUCUGGGAGUCCCUUUACUAGGAUGGCUAGGGUCAUCGUCGCUGCUUUCAGGAAAUGGACAGCCAAGACUCCUACUGAUCCUAAGCAAUUCUAUGAACUUGAUUUGCAAGAGUAUGUGAGGAAAGGAAAGUACAGUAUUGAUUCCAGCUCAACUUUGAGGUUCUUGAACAAGGCGAGUGUAAGAAUUGGAACAAGUUCAGUUAGUAGCAGUCCAUGGAUGCUCUGCACAGUUACGGAAGUAGAAGAGACCAAACAGAUGCUAAUGAUGAUCCCAAUAUUGCUAGUCACCAUAAUUCCAAGCACAAUGAUUGCUCAGACAAACACGCUCUUCGUAAAGCAAGGAACCACCCUAGACCGACACGUGGGAAACUUCGAAUUUCCACCGGCAAGUCUAAACGCAUUCGUCACCAUCUCCAUGCUCACCUGCGUCGUCGUCUACGAUCGUUUCUUCGUAGGCGUGAUGCAGAGACUCACCAACAACCCCAGAGGCAUCACACUCCUUCAAAGAAUGGGAAUAGGCCUGGUCAUCCACAUACUCAUAAUGGUGAUCGCUUUUGUCACAGAAAGGCAAAGGCUCAGAGUCGCCAGGCAACACGGCGUGGUGGAAAAAGACGGAGAGGUUCCUCUGAGUAUUUUCAUUCUGCUUCCUCAGUUCGUGCUGAUGGGAUGCGCCGAUGCGUUUCUUGAGGUUGCCAAGAUAGAGUUUUUCUACGACCAGGCUCCCGAGAGCAUGAAGAGCCUUGGGACUUCAUAUUCUCAGACAUCUUUGGGGAUUGGGAAUUUUUUCAGCAGCUUUCUACUUUCAAUGGUGUCGCGCUUGACUCAAGCUGGUGGCCACCGUGGGUGGAUUCUGGACAACCUGAAUAUUUCUCAUCUGGAUUACUACUACGCCUUCUUCGCUGUGCUCAAUAUUAUCAACUUCGCGAUCUUCCUGGUUAUUGCCAAGUUUCAUGUGUACAAGGCAGAGGUUUCGGAUUCCAUCAAAGUCCUUGAGCAAAAGUUGAAGCAGAAAUCAUCAGUGCAUGGUGACGGCGGAUAAGCAACUAGCGAGCCAGGAACUUGAGCCAAGUCUAUAAUUAUAAAAAAAAGGCAUGUUAUGUAUUUCUACUGUGAUGUGAAAGAAUACCAAAAAGUUCUCUCUCUUUAUUUUUA